ACCACUCUCUUAUCUCUUCAUAUCUUCCUCUCAUUCCUACUACACUGCUACACUCCCACAGUACUAUCCUAAGUAGAAGAUGGCCCUGCAAUUGCAGGCACCCUCAACAAGAAGCCAUCUAGCACGUUCAUCUCCAUUAGCAGCUCCGAAGGGCAAUGCCGGCCUACGGCUGCCGUGGGAUCGUUUUGCUCUAAAGUCCUCCUUCUUCUCCUCAUCACAUAGCCUAUUGCUGCUUUCUCCUAAGCAACAGCGAAAGUCUCUUGCUUCUUCUGCCGCACCCAAGUUCUCCAUGCGUGUUGCCUCCAAGCAAGCCUAUAUUUGUCGCGAUUGCGGGUAUAUAUACAAUGACAGAACUCCUUUUGAGAAGUUGCCUGACAAGUACUUCUGCCCUGUCUGUGGUGCUCCCAAACGGAGGUUUAGGGUAUACCAGCCUCCGGUGAACAAAGAUGCAAACAGCAAAGAUGUCCGAAAGCAACGAAAGGCGGAGUUGCAGAGAGAAGAAGCAAUUGGGAAGGCACUGCCUAUUGCUAUUGUAGUGGGAGUUGUGGCACUUGUUGGAUUAUACUUCUACAUUAACAUCGGCUUUCAGGGCUAGAUAGUUUCAUAGUAGCUGCUACUGUAA